AUGACAACUCAGAAAUCCCCAACCCCUCACGAAGAACAGGAGGGGGAACACAACAUUGUUCCCGAUCUCCCUGAAUCCGUCAGUCAAGGCAAAAGAAGAGAACGCAGACUCCUGAGUGCACUUGAUGCAGUCGAUCAGGGCCUCUUGCCAGAUAUGGCUGCAGAAGCCUAUAAUUUCUUGUUUGGAAGCGUUGCUGAAAACUUUGAACGAUAUCUCCCGGCGGACUUGCUAUCCAUUAGCAACGAGAUAGCAAGGUGGUCCGACGAGGUAUACAUAGACCAACAACGUUAUCAAAAGGAGAUAGCCUCGAUCAAAAGACAACGCGAUCGUUUAGCUGCUCAGAACAUAGAGAUAUCGCAGAGCCUUUUAGGAGCAGAACAGAACGAAGCUGAGUACGAAAAUCGGAUCACCAGCCUCGAGGCAGAGAUCGUUGACCUUCGUAAAGCCCAGUCAACGGUGUCGCCCCAACCCGCCUUCAAGAUCCCAGACCCUGAGUUCUUUGAGAGCUCCUCCACCGGCAUUUCUUGGGAACAAUGGAAAGAUAAAAUGAUGAACAAGAUUCGCGCUUCUGGAAACUCCGACCCCGUCGCACAAUUGGCCGUCGAAGAAGUCUUUGCUACUUUGGAAGAUAUCUACGGGGACCCCAACAAGAAACAGGACGCCCGACGCAAGUAUAAUGCUUUAUACCAAAGAGAUCGGCCGUUCCCUGAGUUCUAUGCCGAGUUCCAAUUGUAUGCGUCAACUGCUGAAAUCACCGACCAGGACCAAUUACUGGAAGAUCUGACCUACAAGUUGAGCAACGAACUCAACGAUAAGAUGAUCACCUCCCAUGCAACUACUUUGACUGAAUAUAUCGGGAAACUCGAUAUCGAUCUAUGUCAGAAGAAAAAGAGAAACUUUGAAUUCCCAUGUACUAUAGAAAAAAACGGGAUAACCAUCUCUGCUUUCUUUUUACCUGACACUGGAGCAAGCGGUAAAAUUUACGUGAAUAAAAAACUCGCCUUUGAUAUCGCUGAAAGAACAAACCUCCCCCUCGAACCUAUUAAACCUCGUAUUGUCUAUGGUUAUAAUCAACAAAAGGCUAAUCCUAUCACUCAACGUUUGAAAACAACCCUCACCAUCGGUCAUCGCAAGUUCCCUAAUGUUUAUCUAUAUGUUAUAGAAGAAUUAGCUUGUGAUCUCAUCAUUGGAAGAGAGUGCAUUGAUCAAUGCUAUCGGAUACCGAAUGAACACCCGGAACCGGAAGAAUCAAUGCUUUACAGCCACAAGUUGGGAAAUCGAUCAGAUCCUAUACCAAAGGGAGCACUCUGUAGAAGAUCGCCCAGAAGAACGGAACUGGAAACGCUGCAACGAACUAUCCCUAAAGAAUAUCAUGAUCUCAUUGAUCUCUUCUCCAAGAAAAAGGCAAAUGCUCUACCCCCUCAUCGGAAUAGCGACCAUAAAAUUAGAUUGACACAACCCAACAACUUGACAUUGUCUCCAUUAUAUCGACAAACGACCCAGGAAUUACAAGCUUUAAAGAAGUUCAUCGAUGAAAACUUGAAUCGGGGAUGGAUCGCUCCUAGUAACGCUUCGUUUGCUGCACCUAUCCUCUUCGUCAAAAAGGCUAAUGGGGAUCUGAGGUUAUGUGUAGACUAUCGGAAAUUAAACGAAAUCUCAGCUAAAGAUGGCUAUCCGCUUCCAAGGAUUGACGAGAUCCUCUCACAAAUGUCCAAAGCCAAAAUCUUCACGAAACUCGAUCUACGCGCUGCCUUCAAUGCUAUUCGAAUGCAUCCCGAUUCAGAGGAACUCACUGCGUUCCAAACUUGCUUUGGACAAUUCAAAUCGCUAGUUUUGCCUUUCGGAUUGUCAGGAGGACCCGGGACUUAUCAACGGUUCAUCAAUAAUCUUUUGAUGGAGAACCUGGGAAACUUCUGUACCGCGUACCUGGAUGAUAUCAUUAUCUACUCUACAGAUCCAUCAGAACAUACUGCCCAAGUCAGAUGGGUAUUAACCAAAUUGAAAGAGGCCGGCCUGUCUGUGGACAUCAAAAAAUGCGAUUUCUCGGUGUCACGAAUCAAGUAUUUGGGAUUCUAUGUAUCGACAAAAGGCUUGGAAGUUGACCCUGAAAAGAUCAAAGAUAUACUGACCUGGAAAAGGCCUACGACAGUCAAAGGAGUACGAGGUUUCCUAGGAUUUUGUGGUUUCUAUCGCAAAUUUAUCAAAAACUAUGGACGAAUCGCACGCCCUCUAGAUAAGCUCACGCAGAAGGGACGAAUCUUCGAUUGGGAUCCGGACUGCCAGAAAGCCUUCGAAACACUGCGACAAGCUGUAACAGAAGCUCCGGUCCUGCAUUACUUUCAUCCAGACCGCCUCACUAAGGUAGAGACGGACUCUUCCGACGGGGUGACAGGUGGCAUUCUCUCCCAAUUGGAUCCGGCGACAAAGGAAUGGCAUCCGUUGGCGUUCUUCUCUAAGACUAUGAAUCCCGCAGAAUGUAAUUACGAGAUCCAUGAUAAAGAAAUGCUGGCUAUCCUGCAAGCAUUUCAGCAGUGGCGAGUGGAGCUCCAAAGCGUUGAAAAUCCCGUCCAGGUCUAUUCUGAUCAUCAAUCUCUGGAGAUCUUUAUGCGAACUAAAAAGUUGACAGCACGCCAAGCACGAUGGGCAGAAUACCUUUCUCAAUUCAACUUCCAAUUGGAAUAUCGUACUGGAAAAGCAAAUGGACAAGCUGACGCCCUAACCCGGCGCGACAGCGAUAUACAGAGCCAAAAAGAGCGGAUGGAGGCCAAUCGCCUCGGUACUCUCCUAAAGCCAACGAUGCUCUCCCCCGAAGUGCGAGCAGAAGUAUUAGCGCCUCUUGUGGAAGAUAUCGAUCCUGGCCUAGGACAGAUGCUACAGGUUUUGCAGGCUAAUCGUACUGCAACAGAACUAGGAGAACAACGCACCUUGGCACGAACAGAAGCGAACGGGAAAUGGACGUUGGUUGAUGGCUUAUUGCUUCGAUCUGGUAAGCUAGUAGUACCAAACGCUAUGGUUGUUGAUAGACCAUUACGAACACUCUUGAUCAAAGAAGCUCAUGAACAAGUUUCUAUGGGACACCCUGGUAUUCGUAAAACGACAGAACUAUUGAUACAACGGUAUUAUUGGAAAGGAUUGCCUCAGGAUGUUGAAAGAUAUAUUCACAAUUGUAGCAUAUGCCGACGUGCUCAUAUACCCCGUGACAAGACUCCCGGCUUGCUUCAACCGCUCCCUGUCCCUGAAAGACCCUGGCAGCAUCUAACGAUGGAUUUCAAGAGCUUUCCGAAGUCAAAAAACGGUCACAAUGCAAUCCUGGUAUUCAUGUGUCGAUUGAGCAAGAAAUCGACAACCAUUCCGUGCUUCCAAACUGCAGAUGCUAGAGAUCUCGCUCGAAUGUUUUUAGAACGAAUUUACUCUUAUUACGGACCACCUGAUAGUAUCGUUUCAGAUCGCGGCCCACAAUUCGUGUCGGACUUUUGGAUGGAGUUGAUUUCGAUGUCGGGGAUAUGGUAUAUUCGCAAACUUGGAGACCAGAUGAGCGGCCCCUAUAGGAUCCUAGAGAGACGCGGAAACGCAUUCAAGCUAGAAUUGCCUGCAGAGAUCAAAGUACACCCGUACUUUAAUCCUGAGAAGCUCCGCAAAGCCGCAGAAGAUCCUUUGCCUGGACAAGUUCACGCACCACCUAUACCUGAAGAGAUCGAUGGCAACUUGGAAUGGGAAGUCGAAAAAAUACUUUCAGUCCGCAAAGUUUACGGACUGCUCCGCUACAGGGUUAAAUGGCGUGGUUUCGAUACCGACAUCGAUGAAUACUCACCUACCGAUCUUAAAAACUCACCGCUAGCACUAAAAGCUUUUCACAACGAGUACCCUGACUUACCCGGGCCACCGAAGAAUCUUAAUUACUGGUUAGAAUGUGCAUUGGAAGAUAAGGUUCCGGAAGAUCGAUUGGACGACAACGAGGAGAACUAG